GAUGGCGGCGCCCUUAGCGCGGCAGCUGGAGGAGCUGCUCAACCCCCGGCCCUUCCUGCGCGACCCCGAGGACGACCAGGAAGAAGCUACCAUUGCUAAAGUGAUUGACAAGUUUGAGGAUGAGACUGCAGAUGACAUUUUCCCUGUUGGUAAUAUAAGGAAAAAAGCUUCGGCCUCUCUCUUGGAAGCUGAUAAAAGGUACAGGGGAAAGGCUACUUCUCGCAAAGCCUUGCAGGAAGAACUCUGGGGAGAUGCUCCAUCUGAAGAAGGAUCUGCUGAAGAAGCAUUAGAUGAAUGGUACAGUGGCAGUGAAGAUUCAGAGGAGGAUGGCAGCUUAGACAGGAAAACAAAGGAGAAGCCCAGCAGUGCUGGCAGUGACCAGGAGGAUGACUUGGAAGAUGAGGAAGAGGCAGAUCCCUCUGUCAAAGCCAAGGCACCGAAGUUCAGCUUCCAGAAUAUCACAGACUUUGAGAAGUUUACAGAGGGGAUGGAUGAUGUAGAAAGCAGCGAGGCGGGGGAUGAAGAUGGUGCCAGCAUGGAAGAUGAAGAUGGUGCCAGCAUGGAAGAUGAAGAUGGUGCUAGCAUGGAAGAUGAAAAUGAUGCCAGCAUGGAAGAAGGAAGUGAUGAGGAGGAGUAUGGGAGUGAAAACAAUGACAACAUAAAGGAAACCAAAGGCAUCGAAGAUGAUGGGGGCAUGAUGACAUUCUCAAAAGGACAAGAGACUGAAGAAGUAGAAAAAGGAAAAGCUGUGAAGAACCAGCUAGCACUGUGGGAUCAGCUAUUGGAAGGGAGAAUCAAGAUGCAAAAGGCACUCAUUACAGCCAACCGACUUCCACAGCCAGACACUUACCCAGUCUUCAGAGAGGAAGGUGGACAACAAUUUGACAGUGCCGUUGAGAACUGUUGUAAAGCCCUGGAAGCAAUGCUGAAAGUAUUAGUGGAGCUUCAGGAUGAGCUGCUUUAUCAAUACCCAGGCACGAGGCAUCUGCUAGAUGGAAAACAAUCAAAAACUGAAAGUGAUGAUGAAAUCCCUAGCAGCAGUGAUGAAGAGCAGGUGAAUAAGGUUGAGGAGAAAAGGAGGAGCCUCCCCAAACGAAAGCUGAAGAUGGAAGACUACCCAGAGUUCAUAGCCAAGCGAUACGCUGACUUCAGGACGUAUCGGAACAGCGUCUUGCAGAAGUGGCACGAGAAGACAAAGCUGGCAUCUGGCAAAAUGGGAAAGGGUUUCGGUGCCUUUGAGCGUUCAAUCUUGACUCAGAUUGAUCAUAUUAUGAUGGACAAAGAGAGAUUGCUACGGCGGACACAGACCAAGCGAUCAGUGUACACAGUGCUGGGAAAGCAGGAGCAGGAAUCUCCUCCAGUCCCUGAGUCUUUGCCUGAAAAUUCGGAAAUCCUCCCUCCGUCAGAUUCCAACAAGCACCUGAAGGACAUAGAUGAGGAGAUAUUUGAUGAUGAUGACUUUUAUCACCAGCUCCUUCGAGAACUUAUAGAACGAAAAACCACUUCAUUGGACCCCAAUGACCAGGUAGCAAUGGGCAGGCAGUGGCUGGCUAUCCAGAAGCUACGAAGCAAAAUAAAGAGGAAAGUGGACAGGAAAGCCAGUAAAGGAAGGAGAAUCCGGUAUCAUGUCCAUAGCAAGCUGGUGAGCUUCAUGGCACCUAUUGACCACUGUACAAUGAAUGAUGAUGCCAGGACGGAGCUUUACCGUUCGCUCUUUGGAAAAAUCACGGGGCCCGAAGCACCUGAGCAGAAUUAGUCCCAUGUCAGGACUGACCACGCUGCCUGCCCUGGCUCCUGAUGGCCCCUCUGCCUGGGCCUUGCCCUCCUCUGGGUGCUCACAACUGCCCCGAGGUCUCUCCAGCUCCUGAAGAACCUCACUGAAGGGACAUCAGAGGCAGCUGCUGCUCAGUUGCUGAGAAAGAGCAGCGGAGGGCAGACACUGAGCUUGGCUGAACACCCUCCCUUCUGGCUUUGCAAUGAACUCUGCUGCCUCCCAAAGACAGCCCACUUUUCUCUUUAAAUUCCUGACCUUGAUUUUGCAAUCUGCUCAGCACAGGCACAGCGUUCUGCUGGGGAUGGGGAGGGCCACGGACCAGCAGGGACCACCAGCCCUCCCUGCAGUCAGGUCACCCACAUUUGUAUGAAAUCCUCUAAGGUUGCUGUUUGGGGGAUUGGGGGGUGUUUAAAUGUGCUGUUCUGGUCUGUGGCUGCAUAUCUGGAAUGUGUGACUUUUUUUUUCACUGAGGCAAGAGGAUUUAAAUGUCAUUUACAUAAUUAGUGUGGCCUUACUGCCGAGGAAAGGUGCUCUCCCUGGUCGCAGGAACCGGUGCUGAUGGGUGCUGAGCACCACGUGGGGCUGUGGCUGAGGCUCCUCCUGCAAUUUCACCAUCCUGGUGAAUUUUUCAGGGCAGCAUUGAUCCUGUAACACCAUCAUUUCUGCUGGCUGUGCCCCUGAGCUGUCCUGGCUUCACCACCGCCAUGCAGUGGUGUGAAUGGGAAACUGGGGGGGUUUUUGGGGGAGGUUAUAUCCAGAGGCCAGAAGGCAGAACUGAAAUCUCUGUCAGGGUGUUUGUUAGCCAGCUGUGAUCAAUCUGAGGCCAUUACCCUGCCUGAAUGCACCCUCAGUGCUGUGUGAGGCAGCCAGUGCUCAUGCUCUGUGAGCUAUGCUGGCUGUGGGUUGUGUUUUGCAUGUUCUAAUGGAAGAGCUUUGUCAGCACUUGGGGAGGGGGUUCCCCAAGUGAUCACCCAAGGAAGGAGUGACAGGACAAAAGGAAACUGCCUCAAGUCGUACCAGUGGAGGGUUAGAUUGGUGAUUGGGAAGAACUUCUUCACUGAGGCUGGUUAGGCACUGGCACAGGGGCUGGGGGAGUCCCUGUCCCUGGAGCUACUGCAAAGCUGUGGAGCUGGGAGCCAUGGAUUAGUGCUGGGCUUGGCAGGGUGAGGGGAAGGCCUGGACUCCAGGAGCUUCAAGGUCUUUCCCAACUAAAACAACCCUGUGAUUGAGCAGUAUGGAGAGAGCUGGAAACUCCUGGUGCAGCCAGAGCUCGUCCCAGGGCAGUGAGUGCUGCAGCCCCUCAGCCUUGGCACAGCUGUUUCACAGGGCUCAGGAUGCUGCUGAGAGGAGCCCUCACCCCACAAGGCACCUCUUGAGACAUGGAGAAGCUUUUGCAGGGGCCUGGUGUCUGUGUGCCCAUGGCCUGAGCAAGUGCUGGGGCUGUGAGAGCACUGACAUCCUGUUCCCCAGCUGCAAAGCCUCAUUCUGGGCAUCACAGCAAGAAAGGGGGAAGCUGGUUUGGCUGUUCUGGGUUUUUCCCCUGCACAAGUUACCAGUUUUUCAGUGAGCAACUAAAUUUUACUGUUAUUUUUUCUUAUUAGGCUUCAAUUACAAUCCAUUCUAAGGAUGCAGCAGGUGAGCACUGCAGGCAGGACACCUCCUGCACCCACGCUCACACCUUCUGCUCUGCUGCCCCUUUCCCACUGCUCCACACAGGACAUGCUGCAACAGAUUUACCCCUUUGGUGUGGGUGUUUUUUUCCCCUUCCCUUACAGACUUUCUCCAAAGCUGCCUUGUUGCACUUCACUGAGCCCCUGGAGCUGUCUGCAGAGCUGAUAUUAAUUAAUCAUUUUGCACCUCAUCAUUACAGAUUUAACUCUUGUCACCUGCUUGCAAUAAAGAGCUUCCCAGCGCUGUCCACCACAGCCAGGGAGAACCAGCACAGCUGCAGAGCGUUGAGCAGGGGCUGCUGUGUGAAAAUCCUGCCUUUAAAAGCAGGUAAAAAGAGAUGCAGCUGUGGAGGGUCUUCUCAGCUCUGCCUAAACUAGCAGGCUCAGCCCUGUGCAGGGGCAGAACUCUUCCCUUUGGCUGAGGAGGCAGCAGGCUCACCCAGCUUGCUUUUGUGACUUUUGUUUUAGUUCCCCCUGGAUUUUAAAGCAGGAAAGAAAAAAGUGGGAUGCUGUUAAACAACCUCAGCUGUGAGGGGCUUCACCUGGCCCUGCUCUUGGCUGGUGCUGGGCCCUCCCAGGCAGCUCUGCUCCUGCCCUGUGAGCACUGUAGCAUUUUUCUUGAUUUUUUAGAGAAUAAGUGCCAAGAAGAGUAUUGACUUUGUGUGGAAAACACACAGAUGAUGGGUGAGUAAAUCUUGCUGCAGCUCUCGGGGAAGCACAUCGAUUGCUGCUGGCCACCUCCAGCUCUGCCAGGUGGAACCACACUAAAUGUCACCAGUGGCUCCUGUGCUGCCCUCCCCACCUCGGGACCUCACUGACAACCUUGCAGGUGAGGAAGGGGGAGGGUGAUGGGCAAAGCACCAUCCUGUGCUGUGGGCAGAGGGCACAGAGGGGCUGUGGCUGCAGGGAAGGGCUGGUUCUGUGAUGCCUGUACCAGGUGUGGUGAGCAUUCCCUCAUUACAGUCAUUAAUAACCAUCAUUCCAAAAUGCAUCAAUCCAUCAGCUGCCCCCAAAGCUUGUGUUGCUGGGAUGGUUUGAUGCUGCUGGUGCUGACAAGCUGCCCUGCCCUGGGGGUUUGCUGUGCUGGCCUCACAGAGGCACAGGCUGCAGGGUCCCCAGUUCCUGGCCCUUACAGUUGGAGCAUUUGGGCACCUCAGGGUUUUCUUUCUCUUUUUUGUUUUGGUGAGAGCUGUGGAAUGUUUAAAGGGUAACAUGAAACACUGACUGGGGUAACUUCUCCUUGGUAUUGUUUGAUAAGAGCCAGAGGCCUGCUGAGUGGGCUUUUGAAUGUACUUAUCAGUGCUUGAGCAGCCUUUGCUUGCUGCCACCUCCCCUCCUGGGCAGUGCCACAGCCUGUGCUGGAGGCUCAGGGGCCCCAGGGCAUCCCCGGGGCUGGCAGUGUGGAUGGGGUAGAGAGGAGGUGUAAUCCCUGGGUAACACCUCACCACAACCACCGCCCAGAGCCUCUGCUGGCAGUGUCCAGCUCUGCUCUCACACACAGCUGAGUGGUGGCACUUCCCCAGCCCCACUCACAGCCGUGGAUGUGUGUGAAAGAGGGGGACUGGCAGAGGAGGGGGUGAUGUGGGCUGUGUCACCCCCAGUCUGGGUGCCCUGGGGCUGGCCCCAUCCCAUUGCUGGUGCUCACAGUCCCGUCACUGCUGCUCCCUCACCCUGGGGGUCACAAGUCCCCUCUGUGAUUGCCACCAGGUUUUCCUAAUGCUGCCAAUUAACAAGUGAAAUAUUCCCCCCUCCCCAAUAGACUAUUAAUCCUUUAUUAAGCUGCUAAUUAGUAACUACAGGCAUUACACCUGUGCAAAGCAUUGCACAGCCACGGGGAGGUGCUGGGGAAUGACGUGUGCAGUGGGGGGGGCAGAGGGUUGUGUUCAUUCCCCCCCCCCAGCCCCAUACUUGCAAAGAAUUUCAACUUUCAGACAAACAACUUCAUUUACAAGUGUGUCUCUAAUUAGCUGCAGAAUUAGUAAAGCAGAGUUUUCCCCCCAUAGAUCGGCCAAAGCCCUGGGGGAGCCUGUGGGAUGGAGAGAAUCGCAUUUCCAAUUAUUUUGUUGAAUUGCUAAUUUAGUUAUUGUGCCUGGUGUAAUUGUGAUGGGUAUUGGGUGUGCAAUUCAAUUUGUUUUAAAUAUUUGUGGGAAGGCUGAUCAGUAAUGGAGCUGACCUAUUUCAUGGCCCAAAUUGAGAGAAGAGACUGAAACAAAAAAACAGCUACAAAGCCACAGUUUGUCUCAGUUUUUAUUUUGAUGUCUCUCAUCCCUCUUAAGACUGUUGAUGCAACAAAAGGUUUACAUUAAAAGAUGAU